AUGGCACCUCCAGGCCCCAUCACAACACCACUUACAUCCCUGUUGGGAAUCAAGCACCCCAUCAUCCUCGCCGGUAUGGCAAGGGUGUCUGGUGGUCGUCUUGCAGCAGCUGUAUCCAACGCUGGUGGUCUCGGUAUAAUUGGUGGUUUCCAAUAUACACCCGAUCAACUUCGAGAGAUUAUUGCAGAGAUGAAGGCCAACUUUUCCCGACCUGAUCUACCCUUUGGUGUCGAUCUCGCUUUGCCUCAGAUUGGAGGCAAUGCGCGUAAGACCAACCAUGAUUACACUGGUGGAAAGUUGGACGAGUUGGUGGACAUCAUCAUUGACAGUGGUGCCAAGUUGUUUGUCAGUGCUGUGGGUGUACCACCACCCCAAGUGAUUAAGAGAUUCCAUGAUAAGGGAAUCCUGGUCAUGAACAUGGUUGGCCAUCCUAAGCAUGCAACCAAAGCUCUCGAGCUCGGAGUUGACAUGGUAUGCGCUCAAGGUGGCGAAGGAGGAGGUCACACAGGAGACGUUGCAAACUCCAUCCUCAUCCCCGCUGUUGCAGACGUUGCCUCAAAGUACCACCCUCCUCUUCUCAAGGGCCUCCCCGCGCUGGUCGUUGCAGCCGGAGGUAUUUACUCUGGAAGGAGUCUUGCAAGCUCAUUGAUGCAGGGCGCUGUAGCCGUAUGGGUAGGUACACGAUUUGUAGCCUCUGUUGAAGCUAGUUGCAGUGAGGAGCAUAAGAAGGAGGUUGUUUCGUGUGGAUUCGAAGAUACGCAGCGAACUCUUGUUAUCUCUGGACGGCCUUUGAGAAUGAAGACAAACGAUUAUAUCAGGAAGUGGCAUGAGCAGCCAGAUAAGAUCAAGGAGUUGUGCGACAAGGGUGUUGUACCGAUUGAGUACGACUUUGAGCAGGGCAACGAUUUCGAUCUGCCACAUUUGAUGGGGCAAGUUGCUGGAGCCAUCACCAAGAUUCAGCCUGCUGGAGAAAUCGUUGAUGAGAUGGUCAAGGAGGCUGUGGAUAUGCUCAAGUUGGGAGGGACCUACUUGACAGCUAUCCCGAGACUUCAAACCAACGAGCUCGAAAACAACGGUUCUCUCGUGUUAUUUACCUGGGCUUCCCCCAGCCCUCAUCCUCUCCCCAGUGCAGCUGUGGCAAUGUCGACUUCGAGUUUCCAGGAGAGUGUCUCGUCCAAUAUGUCAAUGUCUGACGAAGAGACGGAAUAUAUCCCUUGGGAAUCAUGUACCGUUCCUCCGAAAAACCUUGAGCAUGUCUUCCCUACAUUGGAUACCAAGACGAACCAGUUCGUCAGAAUGCCCGAAACUGACUAUAUCUUCAUCUCUCUGGAUUUCCAUCAUAUAUGCGGUAAAGAGCCUAGCGUAUCGCUUGAAAGACCGUCGUCUCGACACGAUCCCAUCAUCGAGGCCGGGAUCGCAUAUAUUGAUAUGAGAGACAUUUUGUAUGACCGUGGAAAGGGCGUCUUACCUGGAGAUCGUGGGUCGUCCUGGUUCAAGUACAUGGCUCCUCUCCACUAUAUAGUGGAAGAGUUUGAGAACCAAGAUAUAUCAGAUCAAUCACCAUACUUGUUCGCUUUUGACCGAUCAAAAAAGGUCCCGGAGAAAAAUCUUGCGCACAGAUUAUAUCGAGUCUUUGCGGGGUUGAAAAAGAAAAACCGACGGAAAGAUGAGGUCGAGCAAGGACGUCUUCGGCAGCUCAUUUUGUUGACCUUUGACGCAGAGCCCGUCAAAACUGGGCUGUUGCAGCUUGAGUUGGAUUGGUUAGCAGAACCCAACCUUCAGAUAUGGGAAUUGAAGAAGGAGAAGCAGUUUGAGACACGCCUUCAACAACCCGCAGUGUUUGAGCAUGUUCUGGAGCGUCUGGGUAUUCGGUUUGAAGAUACUCGAUUUGGGAAGCUCUCGUCAUGCUCGGGGAAUGCAUCUGUGUUUAUGAUUCAGAUGAUCUUGGCAUUCUUUUAUAGAGACGAAGUCCAAAAAGCCUUGUUUGAGGACCGUAGACCAUUAAAGUGGCUACGGUAUACUUGGGUACCUUCUCGACUUCCCUACCUUACUCUCUGGGAUACCACUCGCAUCACUGGUCGCGAGAUGAUCAAAGAUAUUACUCACCUUACCCACAACAAAGUUAUCAACUACAAAUCGACAGACGACAAGAUGGCGGAUAACAAGAUGGCCGGCGAAAAAGCUAGCGAGAACAAAUCGACCGAAAAGAUUGCGCCAGAGAAAAAGGCAACAGAAGGAGAAAAUACCGAAGAGACAUCGACAAACGCUGAGACGACUGACGCCUAUCGCAGUGAGGGCAUGUCGGCUGAGGAUGAGGUUGUGAAAUUAUCAGUCAUUCGACAACACUUGUCCGUAGAAAUGCCCGAUCUCUUCUUCAAUGUAUUCUCGAAGGAAGGCCUAGGUCUCCCCAGUCAAUACCACUACCCAAGUGCAUUUGAUUGGCUACAGAAGAUCAUAUUGAAAUUCCACCACAAGGGUGACCAGGCGGACGACGACGAUGACUCUGAACUUGCGCUCAAACUUCCUGGUGCGCUGAGUGCUGCAGGAAUGGAAGUCUCGCAAGACUUUCUUUUAAGAUACAAGAUCAAUGGCUGGAUCCCUCCAAAAUGCUGGAGAUGUACAAUACAAGACCAUCUUGACCGUUGGACGAUCGAAGCACGUCAGAUUACGGGAUACGAAAGACUGUGGGCGAUGUGCGGUCCUCUACAUGGUAUGGAAGAGGAUGAUUUCGGUAUCCUAACACGAGCAAAAAAAUUCACAGAUAAGCUGGAAGAGAAAGUAACUGAAAACGCUAGGGUCCUGCUGAGGUUGCUGAGACAAACGCCUGAGCCCAGUCACAGCGAGAAGGACAAGGACGGGAGGGGUAUUUUUGGUAGGGACCUUGAGUACUACCUUAAUGAUCUCGAUUAUUACGUUGAGGUUGAAGACGAUGAGAAGGGGGAAAGUGACUCUACGGAAGAGGACGAGGAGGAUGGGCGUGAUGGCGACUAUGAACUACCUGUAUUGAAAGUUACCCCGCCUACACCGUAG